CGCGGAGAGAGGUUCGUCUUAGUAGUCGCACAGCCUUGUUCCUUGGCUGACGCGACAUACCUUUGCCUUAAAAAAAAAUUGCGAAACCAUAGUGUUCUGUGUGCCUGUGUGGAACUGACAUAUAAAAAAUGAAACUGAAACAAGAGCUGCUGGUUCAGCCUGCCGGUGAACUGUGGAAGAGCAUCCGAGUGGAGCUGAAGGAAGAUGUGACGACUCGUGACAGAGACCUGGCGGCCAUCAGGGAGUGGUUGAAGAAGCAGCCACAUUUGCCUGAUGAUUGGGAAACGGGUCCUAUAAUGACCUUCCUAAGAGGCAGUAGCUUCUCCCUGGAGAAAUGUAAGAGGAAGCUGGACAUGUACUUCACGAUGAGGGCCGCCUGCCCAGAGUUCUUCACAAAGCGGGACGCCACCAGACCUGAGCUUAACGACAUUAUGACCAACAAAAUUCAAGGACCACCGCUUCCAGGCAUCACACCAAAUGGUAGACGAGUGACUAUUUGCAGAGGCAUCCACCCCGAUCUAAAUUCGCAGCAGAUCACAGACACUCUGAAGCUGGCUCUCAUGAUAGGAGAUGUGCGACUAACAGAAGAGAAGGAAGGUGUAGCUGGAGAUAUAUACGUGUUGGACGCUGCUGUGCUGGGAGCCAGUAUGCUGGCUAAACUAUCAGCUGCCACUAUCAAGAAGUUCAUGAUAUGUGUUCAGGAAGCAUAUCCAAUCAAACUAAAAGAAGUCCACAUCAUUAACACGUCGCCCUUAGUCGAGCGAUUUGUCAACUUCGUCAAACCUUUCCUCAAGGAGAAAAUUAGGAAACGGAUCUACAUCCACAGAGAAGUGAAAGACCUCUACAAGUAUAUACCUCAGGAGAUGUUACCCACUGAGUACGGUGGGCAGUGUGGCAGCAUGGCGACACUACAAGAACAAUGGAAGCUAAAACUACAAGAAUACCGUGACUGGUUCAAGCGCCAGGACAGCAUCAUCGCCAACGAGUCCCUCCGGCCGGGUCGACCCACCAACUAUGAUGAACUAUUCGGCAUCGAUGGAUCCUUCAGACAACUUUCAAUCGAUUGAUACGGAAUCGAUUUAAGCGUCAGGUUGACAGCGUCACAUCACUAGAAAUGUCAAAAUGACGGAUACGAGAUUGUCAAACUGACACCAUUGAAAUUAAGUAUUUUUUUAAUCUGUGACUAGAGUUGUGUACAGGGUGUUUUGAAAUACUAUUUUUGUUUAUUUUCUUUACUGUGUGAUGUUUUUGAUACAAAAGUGAUAUUAGUAUCUAGCGUGCUUCUGUUCUUGUUUUACGAAUUAUUGUUUACUGUCAUAAACUAUCUACUACAUUUAUGAGUGAGUGUAUCACCUACUAGAAUAUCUAGGGAAGGCAAGAGCACUGUUGCCUGGUCUGUCGGUCUUCCUGUUGCCUGCAAUCCCUUAGUCGGCUCUUACGACACCUAUAGAAAAAACAAGGGUGGUGGCAUAAUGUAUCAACACAUUUAUCUAUUCUGCCCUUUAAAUUAGUUUCCCUCCUAUAACUGGUAUGGCCUAAAUUGUACACACACUCAUAAAAGCGGUGUCUUACGUCAAAGUCAUGCUAAAUUUCACCUCAGUGCGACACAACUUAUAAUCUUAGAACUAAAAGGGUAUAUUUAAGUAUAGAUUAAUUCGUAUUUUUAUAUAAAUUAGAUCCUAUUAUUAUACUAUUAAGUUGGAAUUCAUAUAAAUUACUUAUGCACAUAAAUUAAUGCUUCAAACACAAUGGAUAAAAUAUUGGAUUAAAUAGGUAUCACAUACAUGUAUUAAAAGCUACGAGCUGUAUAAGUAUUAGCGAAUAUUAAUGAAAUGAGAUUAUUAUAAAUGAAUAUAAAUAAACAAAAUGCUUUUACCGUUAUUGAUAUAUCACAAAAUAUAAUUAUCGAACGAAAGAUGCUAGCAAUGAAAUUGCAAAAAAUAAACUGUGGUAUUUUAAUUAUUA